AUGGGUACUGCUCUCUUUACCUAUGCUCGUUACAAGCCUGAUGCAUCCUCCAGCGACACCUACACUAUCUGCGCUUGGCUCGCCCUCGACCUCGCCAACCACCCCGAGCGCGCCACAACUCACUUCCUCGGCAUCACUCUCCGCCGGAACCUUAAAAGCACGAACCCACGCGCCUUGUACACCCUCGUCGACGCGGAGGUGCUGCCCCUGUCCGUCUUGCAGGAUACGUUCGAGGGCCGCUGGGCGAUGGACGGGUCGUACCCCGUUAGCCCGAUCCUGGCGCUCGAGCACGAUGCGAGGGGGCGGAAGAUAAACGAUGGGGCGCUAGGGUCGGUGAUGGUGUUCUCGGUAGAGCUGCAGGAGGACGAGGAGAAGACGGUCGAGCAGGCUGUGCGGACGGUGAGCCUCGACCUAUUGUCCAACCUCGCCUUGCAUCAGCGCAAGUUUUCUACCUUCCCUAUGAACCAGUUGAACGGCCAGAAGGGCCUCUGGAGCCGAUGCCUCGCAAACGGCCUCAAGGGUGGCGCUUUCUCCCUAAACUACACGCCAUACCACGGUUAA